AUGUCCGACAACGGCGAAGAGGAGACUGUCUUUGGCUACGAGGCCAUCGAUGAGCUUCAAAACCAUGGCAUCAACGUCUCGGACAUCACCAAGCUCAAGUCUUCCGGCAUCGUGACCGUCCUCGGCGUCGCCCAGACCCCGCGCAAGAACCUCCUCAAGAUUAAGGGCCUCUCCGAGGCCAAGGUCGAGAAGAUCAAGGAAGUCGCCGCCAAGAUGCUUCCCCCAGUGUUUGCGUCUGGAGCCGAAAUUUCCGACCGCCGCCAGACCGUUCUUAUGAUCUCCACCGGUUCCAAGGCCGUGGACGCUAUGCUCGGUGGUGGCAUUUGCACGCAGAGCAUCACAGAGACCCAGCUGUGCCACACCCUCUGCGUCUCCACUCAACUCCCCGAAGACCAAGGUGGCGCAAGUGGCAAGGUCGCCUUCAUCGACACGGAAGGCACUUUCCGUCCUGACCGUGUCCGCGCCAUUGCCGACCGUUUCGGCGUCGACAGCCAAAUGGCCCUCGAGAACAUCCUCUGCGCCCGCGCCUGGAGCUCGGAACAGCAGUGCGAACUCCUUGUUGAGCUCGCUGUCCGCUUUGUCGAGGACCGCACUUACAAGCUCCUCAUCGUGGACUCUAUCAUGAACCUCUUCCGCCAGGACUACUCGGGACGCGGAGAGCUUUCGGAGCGCCAACAGAAACUCAACCAGUUCCUUGCUCGCCUGCAGAAGAUUGCCGAGGAAUUCAACGUCGCUGUUAUCCUCACCAACCAAGUCCAGGCUGACCCUGGUGCUGCCGCCAUGUUUGCCGCUGCCUCCAGUGCUAAGCCGGUUGGAGGACACGUUCUCGCCCACGCUUCGGCAACUCGCAUCCAGCUCCGCAAGGGCCGCGGAGAAGAGCGCAUUGCCAAGCUCCAAGACUCCCCUGACAUGCCAGAGGGUGAAGCCACUUACUGCCUGAAGACUGGUGGAUGGGAAGACACUUAA